CGCCUGUGAACUUGUUCACCCUUCUCCUCACUCCUCACUCACCCUUCGUUUUCUUCAUUUUCUUCAUUUUUCUCUUCCUCUUUCUCUUCACUAUAACUCUUCCCCACCCAUCACACUUCAUCACUGAUGAUGUAGAUAGAAAGUGAAAACAGACCACUGUGUCCACUCCGAAAGAGAUUGCUCACUCCUACUUCCUUCGUCUUGGAAUUGUUUGAUUCAUGGGUGAAGAGGGAGAAGAGGUGUCAAUAGAGAAGGAACAAAGCAUGGGAGUUUAUGCAAAUGAGUGGUUCUGUACUACUUCUUCCUCUGCAAAUUGGCCUCUUUUAAGACACCACAAUUCAUCUUCAAUGCCUCCCUUUAAGUAAAACACGAAAACAAAACGAACCUUUUCUCACCUUUUCUUCUUAGAUCUUAAUAUACAUUGCCUAAACAAAAUAAAGGGAUCAAAUUUAAGCUCCUUGAUCUAAUAACAUCCGUGCUUUGCACUCAUGAAGAGACUUGGCAGCUCCGAUUCUCUGGGUGCUCUCAUGACCAUUUGUCCACCAACAGACGAACACAGUCCGAGGAACAACCACGUGUAUGGCAGGGAGUUCCAGUCUAUGUUGGAAGGACUAGACGAUGAAGGGUGUGUGGAGGAACCAGGACACCACGCCGAGAAGAAACGAAGACUGAGCGUGGAUCAGGUGAAAGCUUUGGAGAAGAACUUCGAAGUAGAGAACAAACUCGAACCUGACAGAAAGGUGAAGCUGGCACAAGAACUUGGCUUGCAACCAAGACAAGUUGCGGUUUGGUUCCAAAACCGUCGAGCCAGAUGGAAAACGAAGCAAUUGGAAAGAGACUAUGGAGUCCUCAAAGCCAAUUAUGAUUCCCUCAAACUUAAUUACGACACCCUUCAACAAGACAACGAAGCCUUACUCAAAGAGAUAAAGGAAUUGAAAUCAAGGUUGCUGCUGCAAGAAGAGAGCAACACUGAAAGCGAUGUUUCGGUGAAGGAAGAGAUGAUAACACUGCAAGAUAGUAACCCACUUUGUGAAACCGCCAUUCCUGGAUCCGAAUCUAAGGAGUUGAGUUACGAAUGCUUCAACAAGAGUGAUGAAGUUUUAGGGGCUUUCAAAGACGGGUCUUCCGACAGCGACUCCAGCGCGAUCUUGAACGAAGAGAAUGCCAACAACAACGACAACAGUCCCAAGAACGGGACGAUUUCGUCUUCUGGGGUUAUGCAAAGUCAGAGCUUUUUGUCAUCGUCUUCUCCGAUGAACUGUUUCCAGUUCCAGAAACAGUUUCCGACGCAGUACGUGAAGAUGGAGGAGCAUAAUUUUCUGAGCGCGGACGAGGCGUGCAAUUUCUUCUCGGAUGAACAAGCGCCCACGCUGCAGUGGUACUGUUCAGAGGAGUGGAGUUAAGAAGAUGAACACAGAAAGAAAAAAAAAAGGAAGAAGAUGAAAAAUCAUGGCCACCUUUUUGAGAUGAGGAUCAGAGAGAAGAAUAAGGCAUUAUUUUGCAGGGUGUAUAGUAAUGGAGAAAGAAGCUUUGUAAAAAGGGAAAGGGUUGCAUGGUGAAGACUGCAGAAGUGAGAGAAACUGAAGAGUUUGAGAGAGAGAAGAAGGGGUUACAGGAACAGGGUGGGGUCGGAGAAGAGAGGUUGAUGACGAGAAAAGGGUAAAAAUAAUAAUAAUCAUCAAUCUCUCGGGCGUGCGGGUAAUUUAUGAAUAAUAAUAAUAAUGAUUAGGUGCUAAUGAAAUCAAAUCUAUCUAUCUAUCUAUGCUGUAAAAAUAUCCACAAUUCACCUGUCUCUGCUUUCACCUUUC